AUGGCGGUGGAUCACUCUAUGGAUGAAGCCGCAAGGGAAGGUAACACAUCUGCAUUACAGUCUGAGGGAGGGGGAAACCCUAUUGUUAAAUCUGUGGAGGGGGAAACCCCUAUUGUUAAGCUUGUGGAGGGGGAAACCCCUGUUGUUAAAUCUAAGGAGGGGGAAACCCCCGUUUCUAAGAAUGUGGAGGGGGAGACCCCGAGGGAGACCCCAAUUGUGUCUGAGGGAGAAAUCCCUGACAAACCUGAGGAUGAGACUCCGAAUAAAUCUACGGGGGAAACCCCAAUUAUGUGUGAUGAGGGAGAAAUCCCUGGGAAUUCUGGAGGGGACGAGGUCCCCGUUACUGCUGCAGGACAGAGGCCCAAGGAGGACGGGCCGUUGGAAGUUGUAGAUAUGGACACUGUGCCAGAGGACUCGCCGGUUAAUCUUGGGGAGUCGAGGAGAAUGGCAAGGAGAAGCAUGCUAGACGAGGAGGGAGAGACUCCAGAAUCUGAGGAAGAGGUGGACGCCGCAGAAGAGCGUCGGGUGGCCAGGGAGCGCAAGAGGAGAGGAAAGACAACUAUCAUCCCUCGGCCUAGGAAAUCACAGAGACUCAUCUCAGUCAGGGAAUCUCCCCGCACGCUACCCAAGGCUUCUAGACCCGGUAAUGUUGACAGCGAGACGAAGGAAGAUUCAGAGGGAGAAGAGGAAGUUCCUAACUAUGAGCGAGAGGAGAUCUGGAUCACAAAGAAGCUUUUGGGAGCUAUGGCUAAGUUCAAUGACUCCAGGAGGGCACAAACGCAUAAGGAUCGGAGUGCAGUGGGAAAGCUGCCAAAUCAGGAAAGCGAUAUGACAGAGACUCUCUGA